GGUUCAGGAGCCUUGCAAUAUUAUACUGGCAAUGCUUAGUAGUGUAAGCGAAGAGAUUGCAGAACUGCAACUUUUAUAUAUGAAAGAGUUUGGGAGCACUUUAGAAGUAAUCGGGGGUUUGAAGGAGGAGAUAUGUAACGUGCAGGCUGAUGUCGAGUUGAAUUUUAUCACAUUGAAAUUAGAGAAGUCUCUCAUAGAGAACGAAGUAGAAGAGUUGACUUUGGAAUUGAUGGCCGCAAAUGAACACCUAGAGAAGGCGAAUGCAGCAAAGAUGAAUGCUGAAACUGAGCUUGCAAAAAGUAUUACCAAGGAAACUACAGCCGCCAGCGCUCUAUGUACAGAUCUCGAUGCACUUCGUCCUAAGCUUAUCACAACCAGAGGAAGAGAAACCAAGCUAGAGAAGAUGAGUUUGGAGGUGGCGAAACUGAGGUCACGGAUGACAUUAAGUACGGAAAUUAUGGCCAUACCAUCUGCUCCAGAGGUUAGUGCCAAGAUGGAUACCCUGUAUGCUGAGCUGUGCGCUAUCAAAGAAUCUGAAGCACAUUACCAUGAAAACGUCAAAAAUUCACAAGCAGAGAUUGAGGCUCUCAAAAUCCAAUUGUGUGCUUUUCGAGAUUUGGAAGCAGAGUGGAAGGAGUCUUUAGUUGCGACCGAUGCUGAGCUGCAAGAGGCGAAGGAUGAACUGGCGAUAGCAAACGAGGCAUUAGAAUGGGUAGGAGGAGAUGCUGCUGCAUUGUCCGCGAAAUUAGAGUCUUUGAAAGCUGAAAUCAAGACUGCAAAAGAGGGCGAAGCGCGGGCAAAAGCUGAUUUAAAGCAUUGCAGUUCGACUCUGCAAAGGAUGAGAAUAGAUCUGGAAGAUGCUUCAAGGCUCGCUGACAAAGCGAGGGCGUUCAAGCUGGACUUAGACGAUGUCACUGCAAAACUAGAAAAGGCGAUUGAGUCAGAGAGGACAAUGGCAGCCUCCAUGGUGUCCUUACGAGCGGAACUUAAUAAGUCUAGGGGCGAAUUGGCAGUAGUGCGGGAGAAUAAUGGAGUAGCUUUUGUAGAAAAGGACCAGCGACAUGAAACGGAACUGAACCAAAUGAGGGCUCUACUGGAGGCUGCGGUAAUGGCAGAAGCGGAGCAAUCUACGGAAGAAGCUGAGAAGGCUAGACAUGAAGUUGUGGAAUCGCGGGCGCACAUUGAAACCAUUGAUGCAAAACUGCAGGCAUUACUACUCGAAGUUGAGGCCGUCAAAGCAAGUGAAGAAUGGGCUUUUACACAGAUGAGGUUAAACACCAUACCAGAGUACUCCAGUAUGGAGACUGAAGAGGAGCAAGAUGGAGAUAUUUCUAUAUCUCAUGAGUAUCAAAAUCUGAAAACAAAGACUAGAGACUUACAAGAAUUAGUCAACAAGCGUGCUGCUGUGGGAAUAGCGCAGGUGGAUGCAGCUAAAGCGAGUGAGAGAGAAAUGCGGUGGAAAGUGGAAGUUUUGGAGAGAGAAGUUCGAGCUUGUCGAAUUGAAUUGAACGAAGCUGUUAAUAAGAGGGAUGAAGCUGAAGCAGCACUGCAGGCCAUAAGGUUUGAGGGGAAACCAUUGUCAUUCUCAGGAACAUUGAAUGGUGGUAAUCCAAUGGGCAAAUUUGUGACGGGGGAGAGGCAAGGCAACAUGAAUAGCAUCUAUAUCUUAGAGGAUUCUCAAAGUAGUAGCCCUUCAUGCUCUUCAUUGUCGUUCGCAAAUUGUGCCAGUCCAGGGCGUCAGGAGAGAUCGCCAGUAGAGUCUAAUGCACAGCCGGAUUUGACUACGAAAUCUUCAUCAGCAGAAAAGGAGAGAAAACCAAAAUUCUCCUCGAAAAUUGGGGCUUAUUUCAGCAAGAAAAAGGAUUCCACUGAAGAGAGAAAUCCAGGAUCUUUAUAAAUAUUUCGCGAGUGAGUGGUCGUUGAUCACCAAAAUAUUAUUUACCCACCAACUCUCUCUAUUUGGAUUUCAUCCUUCAAAAUGACAUCCCGCAAAAGGAGAGGUGUCAGAUCAUUCCAAUCAAUGGCUGUUGCGGCUGCUGGGGGCGGUUGGUGGAACCUCACAAUAUAUCCAGUCGCAAAUACUAUUAUUCAGGUGCGGCUGCAGUCGGUAGUACUUAAAAUCAACUUAACUAGAGCACAUCUUGUGUUGGUUAUGUCCAAUUCAGAUGUCGUAACCGAUGAUAUCCUUCACGAGGAUAGAGAGAGAGAGAGAGAGAGAGAGAGAGAGCCAAAUCUCUAUCCAUUGUGUAGCAGAGUAGAGUUUUCAUGCUCUCCGUUGGCGAAGCUGGAACAACCAGAGAAGCACCCAAUUUUUUGAUAUGUCCAUUUCAGUGGAGAACGCAUCUUGUGUAAUACAACAGUGACCCCAUGUCAAGGUAAGGGGAGGACCAGCAGGUUAAUUGAAGGCGGCUGUUUCGUCGGCAGACAGUUAAUGAAGAUGACUCAGGAACGUAUACAAUAAUAUCCUUAGCUUUUUCCUAAUGUGAAAUACUAUGAUAUCCAAAAGGAGUUACGUAAAAAUUUGAGUUUCAGGAGGGAACACUGGCUGCUGCCAAGGGUUCAGAAGCCUUCACGAGACAUGAAAGCAAACCAAUAGGGGGAGGAGCAACUUGAGGAUCCUGGUAAGUGAGUCCUUAAAAGCAUAAUAUCUGAAGUCAACAAAAAACGAUUCUAUAUUGUUGAUUCCAUCUAUGGCUUCGCAUUCAUAAAUGACGCCUUUACAGCAAAGUUUCUAA